AUGGGAGUCCCAGCCCUCUUCAGAUGGCUCUCAACCAAGUAUCCUAAAAUCAUCUCGCCCGUCGUGGAAGAUGUAGGAGACCUCCAAUACGGCCGUGUGCCCCAAUACCUGGACCCAAACCCAAACGGUGAACUAGACAACCUCUACUUGGACAUGAAUGGUAUUGUCCAUCCAUGUUCUCAUCCUGAACACAAGCCAGCCCCAGAGACGGAAGAUGAGAUGUUUUUGGACAUUUUCAAGUAUACGGACCGUGUACUAAUGAUGGCCAGACCUCGAAAAGUUUUAAUGAUCGCUGUGGACGGUGUAGCACCUAGAGCCAAGAUGAAUCAGCAGCGUGCCAGACGGUUCCGGGCAGCUCAGGACGCGAAAAUUGCAAAUGAAGAGAAGGAGAGACAGAUCCGUGAGUUUGAGGCUCGUGGUGAAGUAAUUGACGAUGUGGUCAAAGGAAAAAGAAAAUGGGAUACCAACGUCAUUACUCCUGGUACGCCGUUCAUGGACGGACUUGCGAGUGCCUUGCGCUACUGGGUGGCAUAUAAGUUGGCGUCAGAUCCUGGCUGGAAGGAUCUUCAGGUGAUUAUCAGUGAUGCUACUGUGCCAGGAGAAGGUGAACAUAAGCUCAUGGGUUUCAUUCGGUCCCAGCGGUCCGACCCACAAUAUGACCCCAACACUCGCCAUUGUAUCUAUGGAUUGGAUGCUGAUCUUAUCUUUUUGGGAUUGGCCACCCACGAGCCGCACUUCCGUGUGCUUCGAGAGGAUGUUUUCGCUCAAGGAAACCGUAGAAUGCGUGUGGGCGAUCAGUUGCUGAUGACUUCGGAACAGAAGGAGCUUCUUGACGCUCAGGAUGCGCAGAAGCCAUUCUUGUGGCUUCACGUUAACGUAUUGCGUGAAUACUUAGAAGUGGAAUUGAACCAGAAGAUGCUGAUGACUUGGGAUUUGGAAAGAGCCAUCGACGAUUGGGUGUUCAUGUGUUUCUUUGUGGGUAAUGAUUUCUUACCUCAUUUCCCAUCUUUGAGUGUUCGAGACAACGGCAUUGACAUCUUAGUCCAAUGCUGGAAGCAGGUUGUUCAUAAGUUGCGGGAUUACAUCACUUGUGACGGAAAACUUAAUUUGGAAGGUGUCGAGCAGCUUUUAGGAGCUCUUGCGCAGAAGGAAGACGGAAUCUUCAGGAAAAGACACGAGAAUGAGAUGCGUUACUCCAACAACGAAAAAAGACGCCGCGUAGGACGUGCUGAAGAGACUGCCUUGCGGAAACAGUACUUGCUGACGGUUUCCAAGGGUAAAGAGAAGGCGCCCAUUACUGCCGACACUAACAUGCCUUUGAUGGAUACCUCUGGUAAUAUGGUGGAAGGGUACGCCCAGCUCUCCAACAAGGAUAUCGUGCACAAUCGUGGAGUCAUCACGAAGGCUAACAUGGCCAAUGCAGAUGCUGCCAAUGCACUCAAGUUGCUUUUGGCACAGAAGGCUAGCCAGGCUGAUUCCGCUGCAGACUCCUCGACUGAAGUGACUACCGAAGACGCUUCGGUGCAGACCGAUACUGAUACUGACUCGAAAAAGCGGUCUGCAAGUGAUAUGGACACCGCAGAUUCUUCAGAUGCAGAUGAAGAUGGUGGCGACGAUGUGAGAAACUGGGAAGCUGGAUACAGAGACCGUUACUAUAAGAACAAGUUCCACGUUGAGACACCAGAAGAAAUCAAUCAGAUCAGAAAAGACGUAGUCAGAGCAUACUUGGAAGGUAUUUCGUGGGUGUUGCUCUACUAUUACCAGGGCUGUCCUUCGUGGCAGUGGUACUACCCAUACCACUAUGCUCCAUUUGCUGCAGACUUUACUGAUGUGAGGGAGAUUGUGGGCGAGGAAGGAAUCAGGUUCACUGUCGGAGAGCCGUUUAACCCUUACGAGCAGCUUAUGGCUGUACUUCCUGCUGCUUCUGGUCACACAUUGCCUGCUGUUUUCCGAGGCUUGAUGAAGGACCCAGAUAGUGAAAUCAUCGAUUUCUACCCCGAAGAUUUCCAGAUCGACAUGAACGGAGCGAAAAUGAGCUGGCAAGGUAUUGCGCUCUUACCGUUCAUCGACGAAACAAGACUCCUCACAGCUGUCAGAGGGAAAUACCCAUUGUUGACAGACGCAGAAAGAGAGCGGAACACCAAUAAGGGUGCUCAGUUGUAUAUCUCAAGUGCUAACAAAAACUACAAGCAUUUCGCUACUGAGUUCGCUGACGACAGAAGUGUGGAGUUCCACGCCCACAACACGGGUCUCUCAGGCAGAGUGAAGGUGGUCGAAACUUUUUCGACAGAUGGGGAAUUGAUAUUCCCAUUGAAGGAAGGCGACAUGCCAAACAUCAGUAAGUCUCAGUACAUGCAAGCAUGGUACGAGUUCCCCAAGACACAUCCAGGAAAGUCCAUGUUGUUAAAUGGGUACAUUAGCCAUGGAAAGGUUCUCAACGAUGGAGACAAGUACAACAUCCUUAACUCACAAGGAAGACCACCAAGGAACUUCAACCGAUUCCGCAACACGUCUGACUACGUCAACCAUGGUCCUAGUGGAAAAGAGAACUUCCUAGUAUAUUCGAUGCGUCCUGGAGGAUACCGUGCGGCAAUUGAGUUGCAGAAUGGGUCUCAGAAUAGCCAGAAUUCCAAUGGUAGCCAGUACAACAGAAACAACGGUUACAAUGGACAGAAUGACUACAACAGAAACAACGGAGGGUACCGAGGAAACAAUUAUGGUGGCCAGAGAGGAGGUUACCAGGGUCAGAAUUACAAUAAUUACAACCUGGGCCAAGGGUAUAACAAUUACAACCAGGGGCAGAAUUACAACAAUCGGAACCAGGGUUACCAAGGAGAUCGAGGCUACCAAGGAAACCAAGGUUAUCAAGGAAACCAAGGUUACCAGGGAAAUCAGGGUUAUAGCAACCAAGGUCAAAACUACAACCAAGGAUAUGGAACCCAGGGUCAAAACUACAAUCCAUAUGGUAAGCAAGGGAACUAUAAUCUGUCUGGAUACGGACAGGAUGGAAACUAUAACAACUACGGUAACCAAGGAUAUAAUGGUCAGAACCAAGGCAACUAUCAGGGUCAAAACUACCAGGGCCAAAAUUACCAGAAUAACUACAAUUCUGGAUCCAACUCCAGAUCGGGCUACAUGCCCCCACGUCGUUAG